AUGACCUCGAUCUCCCCUCGAAACCCCUCUGACCGUGGCGGGCUUCACAGCUUCAGGACAAUCGGCAGACUGGCUAUCUCACCUUCGAUCAUCCACCCACCUCGAUCAUCAACUUCAAUCACCCCUUCAUGCCACGUCCAUAAACCACUUCAAUCACCCCCCUCGAACCCGCUCUUGAACAACAACAUCCACCAGUCUGACCGUGGCGGGCUUCAUAGCUUCAGGACAAUCGGAAGGCUGUCUGACCGUGGCGGGCUUUGGCUUCAGGACAAUCGGCUGACUGGUGGCAACAACUUCAAACCUCCCCCUCCAUAA